AUGGCAACUCUACUUCCACCCCCAACGAAGAAACAAAAGAAGGACGCUAAGAACCCUCGUGAAGUGGAUAUUAUACCCAGUGAUCUACCGAAUGUUUCUAUCAAAUUUGAAGCCCUCGACUCAGGUGAAACUGUUGGAGGAGCUCUCAGAGUUCCUGGUGGAAUUACCGAGAAGCAAUUGGAAGAGCUGCUUAACCAGUUGAAUGGGUCCGCUGAUGAACCAGUUCCGUAUACUUUCAGUUGCAGCGUCCCCGGUAAGAGGAAGAACGAUCCUCAGCAGACCAUUGAUAUUACAGACAACCUAUAUUCUUCACUGCUGAAACCAGGACUCAAAACUACUGAAGACCAGAUUACUUUGAUAUAUACUCCAAGAGCGGUUUUCAAGGUCAAGCCAAUCACAAGAAGCUCAUCUGCAAUCGCAGGUCAUGGAGCUACCAUCCUCUGUUCGCAAUUUGCACCACAUACUAGUUCUAGGAUGGUCACAGGCGCAGGCGACAAUACUGCCCGUGUGUGGGAUUGUGAUACUCAAACACCAAUGGCCACUCUGAGCGGUCACCAGAACUGGGUUUUGUGCGUAGCAUGGUCGCCCGAUGGAGAGACCAUUGCAACUGGGUCUAUGGAUUGCACUGUUAGGCUGUGGGAUUCAAAGGCAGGUCAACCUUUGGGGGAUGCUCUCAAAGGACACCAGAAAUGGAUAACUUCACUGGUAUGGGAACCAUUACACUUGGUCAAACCUGGUGACAAACCACGACUUGCGAGUGCAUCUAAGGAUGGAACCAUUAAGAUAUGGGACACAUCAAGAAGAGUCUGUAUCUAUACUCUUAGCGGUCACACUAACUCGGUAUCGUGCGUUAAGUGGGGUGGGCAAGGCCUCCUGUAUUCAGGCUCACACGAUAAGACAGUUAGGGUGUGGGAUAUGAACGUUGGUGGUAAAUGUAUCAAUAUUUUGAAAUCGCACGCACAUUGGGUCAACCAUCUAUCGCUAUCCACUGAGUAUGCUCUGAGAGUAGGACCAUUCGACCACACAGCUACUAAGUUUACCAGUGCAGAAGAAGCUAGAAAGAAGGCAUUGGAGAACUACGAGAAGAUCGCCAAGAGGAAUGGUAAAGCGGAAGAACUCAUUGUAACUGCCAGUGACGAUUUCACAAUGUUUCUUUGGGACCCGACCAAGUCGGGCAAACCGCUAGCAAGACUCACUGGUCACCAGAAGCUCGUUAACCAUGUAGCGUUUAGUCCCGACGGCAGAUUCAUCGUCUCCGCAUCGUUCGACAACUCGAUCAAACUGUGGGACGGAAGAAAUGGUACAUUUAUCUCUACUUUCCGUGGCCACGUCGCCAGCGUCUACCAAGUAGCAUGGUCAUCCGACUGCAGAUUACUGGUGUCGUGCUCCAAGGAUACUACUCUGAAAGUCUGGGACGUUAGGACCAGAAAGCUCUCUGUAGAUCUGCCCGGUCACAAGGAUGAGGUCUACACGGUCGACUGGAGCGUCGAUGGCAAGCGCGUGUGCAGCGGUGGUAAGGAUAAAAUGGUCAGACUAUGGACCCAUUAG